GGAGAAGCAGGCAGCUGAAACAGUAAAGUACGCUCUAAUUAUUUUUCAUGCCGAUGGAAUUGCAUUAAAUCCUUCCUCUGUCUUUUCAAGGAUUAAUCUGUGGUGUGACAGAAUUCUGCUCCAUGACAGCACAUGACUGAAACUGACAGAGAAGGGAGCUCCUGAUGAACAUGAUCCUGUGGGCUCAAUUUCUAAUUGUACUCAUUAAUGCCUUUUCCUUCAACUCUGCCUUCUGCAGCAGUUCACAUCCUUUGGCAGAAAUAGAAGACUCACUCCUGCGGAACCUCUUUAUUGGAUACCAAAAGUGGGUGAGGCCGGUGCAGAAUCCCAAUAAGACUAUAAAAGUCAAUUUUGGCUUGAAAAUAUCACAGCUUGUGGAUGUGGAUGAAAAAAAACAACUGAUGACCACAAAUGUGUGGCUUAGACAGGAAUGGGUGGAUUUAAAAUUGCACUGGAAUCCUAAAGACUAUGGUGGAAUUACUUAUAUUAGAGUACCUUCUGAGACCUUGUGGCUACCUGACAUUGUCCUCUUUGAAAAUGCCGAUGGCCGUUUUGAGGGAUCUCUUAUGACUAAAGCAAUAGUAAAAUAUGAUGGUACAGUAAUAUGGACUCCACCAGCCAGUUAUAAAAGCUCUUGCACUAUGGAUGUCACGUAUUUCCCAUUUGACCGUCAAAACUGCUCAAUGAAAUUCGGAUCAUGGACUUAUGAUGGGAACAUGGUUGACCUCAUUCUUUUAGAUGCAAAUGUUGAUAGAAAAGACUUCUUCGACAAUGGAGAAUGGGAUAUUCUAAAUGCCACAGGCCUGAAAGGAAUGAGGAAAGAUGGACUUUAUUCUUAUCCUUACAUUACAUAUUCCUUUGUUUUGAGGCGCCUUCCUUUAUUUUAUACUCUUUUCCUAAUAGUCCCCUGCCUUGGGUUGUCGUUCUUAACAGUCCUUGUGUUUUACCUACCAUCUGAUGAAGGAGAAAAGCUCUCUCUGUCUACUUCUGUCCUAGUUUCCCUUACAGUUUUCCUUCUUGUCAUUGAAGAAAUUAUUCCAUCUUCAUCGAAGGUAAUUCCCUUGAUCGGAGAAUAUCUUUUAUUCAUCAUGAUAUUUGUAACCUUGUCGAUCAUAGUGACUGUAUUUGUCAUUAAUGUCCACCACCGAUCUUCCGCAACAUACCAUCCUAUGGCACCAUGGGUGAAAGGACUUUUCUUGCAGAAGCUUCCCAAACUGUUAUGUAUGAAGGGACAUGUUGAUCAAUUCUCCUUUUUGGAUACAGAAAAUACUGCCCCAGCUACAAAAUCAAAGAUAUCUGGCAAAAGGAAACACAUUCAAGCAAAUGAUGGAGAAAAGAUUCUAAUUGCAUUUCUGGAAAAGGCAGCUGAUUCUAUAAAGUACAUCUCAACUCAUGUCAAAAAGGAACAUUUUAUUAGACAAGUAGUUCAAGACUGGAAAUUCGUGGCUCAGGUUCUGGAUCGUAUUUUCCUAUGGUUGUUCCUCUCUGUCUCCAUUACAGGAUCUGUUCUGAUCUUCACCCCUGCACUAAGGAUGUGGCUAAACAGCUAUAAUGUCUAAUCUUCAAUCACUGCUGAAUUAACAGUUGAACUUAUGUCAUGUCAGCCUCACUCUGUAGCCAUAAACAUUUUAUGACAUUGAUGUUAUAGAGGUCUAUUUACGAAGCCUUGCAUGGAUAUAAAGCGGACGGAGAUAAAUUACCAGCCAAUCCGCUCCUAACUGCCAUGUCACAGACUGGGUUUGAAAAAUGACAGCAGCUGAUUGGCUGGUACUUUACCUACGUCCACUUUAUCUCCAUCCAAGGCUUAGUAAAUAGACCCCAUAUUACAGUCAGCCUUUUAUUUUUCAGAUAACCAGUGUAAAACUAAAAAUGUGCCUUUCAGUGCAGCACAACUACUGUCACAUAUUUCAGUCUGUUAUAAUACUGUUCUUUGUGUUUUGCAUGUACAUAAAACCAGUGCUACAUAUAUAGUUUAUAAAUUACAAUAGAUGGAAAGAGUUAAAAUACAACAAAAUGAAAUGUGUGUGUGUAUACUGCCACUUUAUUAUGUACACCUGCUUGUUAAGGCAAAUACAUAAUCAUCCAAUAACAUGCCUGGAAGUCAAAGUAUAAUUAAAACAUGCAUAUAUGAUCAA